GUUUAUACAGCCGUUAUUAAUGAAGAUACCUGCUCUCAUGGAGAUUGGCACUGUUCUAACCCCAGUUGAUGAUAAUGAGCAACCUGAUCCAGAAACACAAGCAGGUAAGUGUCGGAGGAAGAAAUCUAUGGUAUGGGAACACUUCACUGUGGAAACCGUUGGAGCUGGAUGUACUAGAGCUUACUGUAAACAGUGCAAAAAAUCAUUUGCUUACAUAACUGGGUCUAAAGUAGCUGGCACGAGCCAUUUAAAGCGGCAUAUUGCCUUGGGAAUUUGUCCAGUAAGUCGCCAGAACAAUCAGCGAAGCCUAUAUCCCAAGACUAGUGGUUCUGGAGAUAUAAUUGAUCCACCAAGAAAACGUGCUAGAGCAACACCAGGGUUUGCUGGAACAUCAUUUGAUCAGGACCGAAGCAACCAUGAUAUUACUAAGAUGAUAAUCUUGCAUGAUUAUCCUCUUCAUAUUGUGGAACACCAGGGUUUCAUUGACUUUGUACAUAGUCUUCAACCUCAGUUCAAUGUACCAAGCUUAAAUGCUCUUCAAGAAGAUUGUGUUGGCAUCUACCUGAGAGAGAAGAAUAAUCUUUUAAAUCUUAUUGAUGGGAUUCCUGGACGAGUCAACCUGACCAUAGACUUGUGGACUUCAAACCAGACAGUUGGUUACAUUUUUCUUCGAGGCCACUUCAUUGAUGCUGAUUGGAAUUUACAUCGACCAAUUCUGAGUGUUAUUAUGGUACCAUUUCCUGAUUCUGAUGAUUCCAUAGGUCAUUCUAUUUUGACUUGCCUAACUGAUUGGCACUUAGAAGGACGGCUAUUUACCCUUGCUCUUGAUCAAUCCUUCUCAAAUGAGACUGCAAUGGGAAGUCUUAGAGGCCUCCUUUCUGUGAAGAACCCUGUGAUCCUCAAUGGUCAGUUAUUAAGCUGUAAUUGUUAUGCUCGUGUUCUUAGUCGCCUUGCACUACAUGCACUAUGGGCCAUGAGAGAAACCAUUGGUAAAGUUCGUGAGUGUGUGAAAUAUGUAAAAACGUCAGAGUCUCAUGAAGAGAAGUUUCUUGAACUCAAACAACAGCUUCAAGUCCCCAGUAGGAAGGAUCUUUUAAUUGAUGAUAAAACGAAAUGGGACACAACUUACCAUAUGCUCGUUUCUGCCUGUGAAUUAAAGGAAGUCUUUGCUUGCUUUGAUACUUCUGAUCCUGAUUUCAGAAUGACUCUGUCAAUGGGUGAAUGGAAGCAAAUAGAAACUCUAUGCACAAAUUUGAAGUAUUUGUUUGAUGCAGCCAAUAUUUUAACUACCCUACCAUUUCCAACUGCUAACUUAUUCUUCCAUGAAGUGUCAAAACUUCAGUUGGAGUUGACUCAUGCUGCCAUUAGCCAGGAUCCGUUCCUCAGUAAUUUGAUUAAGCCUCUGCAAGAGAAGUUUGAUCAGUAUUGGAGAGAAAGCUGCCUUGUCUUGGCAGUUGCUGUAGCCAUGGACCCAAGGUAUAAACUGAAGCUAGUGGAAUUUACCUUUGCUAAAAUCUUUGGCGAGAAUUCUGAGCCAUGGAUUAGAAUCGUUGAGGAUGGUCUUCGGGAGCUCUUUCUUGAAUAUGUUGUGCAAGUGCUUCCUUUUACAACAUCAAAUGGGGAUGAAGGAAAUGAAGGUAUGAUCAGGACUGAUUCAUGUCAAGACCAGUCUUUUGAUGGAUCUCUUCUUGAUGCGGAAGAUGGGCUGUCAGAUUUUGACAUUUAUAUCUCUGAUUUUUCAUGUAAUCAACAAAUGAAGUCAGAAUUGGAACAGUAUUUGGAAGAUCCCCUGCUGCCCAAUACAGAAGAAUUUGACAUACUGAGCUGGUGGAGACUAAACAGAUUGAAGUAUCCAACUUUGUCAAGAAUGGCAUCUGAUAUUUUGUCUAUACCUAUCUCCACACUCUCCGCAGAUUCUGUUUUUGACACACAACUUAGAAAAGUGAAUUGCUUCCGGAGCUCAUUAGGCUCUAUGACGCUUGAGGCCCUUAUUUGUGCCCGGGAUUGGUUCCAGUAUGAAUCACUACCUAUGGAUGUUUCGAAUGCACUUGUGAAAAUGGAAUUUUAGAUUCAGGUUUUUUAAGGGUUAGGUAGACCCUCAAGUAGCUUUUAGCUAUUGAUAAUGUGGUUCAUGACAAUUGUUGAUGUUAAAUAUCUGAUUUUGUAUUACUUGUUUAUAGUAUAGAAUUAAUCCUAUUUUAACUUCGUUUUGACCAAUAA